CACUCCCGCCUUUUCCCUCCUCCGGCGGGCCUGCAUUCCAACCGCCCCCGCCGCCUCGAAACCCCACCGUUGAUUAUUUCCAUGUACCCUCCGAGAUGAAAUCCCCCCUUCUUCUCGAAGGAAUCGCCGCCGUGGUCGGCGAGCGGGUCCUCUUCGGAACCCGCGGUUCGGAGGGGGCGGAGAAGGAGGGCGGGCGGGUGGGAGGAGUGCAGCAGAGGAGCUACCGGGGAGUGAGGCAGCGGCCGUGGGGGCGGUGGUCGGCGGAGAUACGCGACCGGAUCGGGCGGUGCCGCCACUGGCUCGGGACGUUUGACACCGCGGAGGAGGCGGCCCGGGCUUACGACGUGGCGGCCAGGUGGCUGAGGGGGUCGAAAGCCCGGACCAACUUCGAGAUGCCGCCGGUGUUCCCGGCGACUCCUCCGCCGUUUUCCUCCUCCUCUUACGGGUCCUCUUCGUCGGAGACCCGCCGGAGGAGGAAGAGGAAGGCUCCGAGCUCCGGCGACGACGGAGGCGGAGACGGAUGUUUCGGGAAGAAGAAGUGUGCGGUGGUGACGUCAGCGGCGCACCUGUUUAGCUCAUCAUCUGCCCUUAAUGACGCCAUGUAUAAGCUUGAAUCCGACGGUGGGGAUCAUCAGACGUCCUUGGAGCUUGAUCUUAAGCUUUUUUAGUUUUAGAAAAAGAAAAAAAAACCUAAAAUAGUUUAAUCUAAUUAAUAAUUCUAACUACUCAUUUAGUCAUUAUUAAUGGGAAAUCUAUUAAGAGCUUUUUCUUUUAGCUUCUUUUUUUGUCUUAUUUUGUUCCCUAAAUAGGACAUGCAAAUGAUGACGCUGUGUUCUUUUUCUGGCGUUUCUGGUCUUAUUAUUAGUGCAUGUAAUUAAUUAAGCUCUACCGCACCAUUAAAAAAAAUAAGCUCUACCUUAGUUA